AUGAGUUUUAAAACAAGUUUCAAAAAUACUGAAUUAGAUCCUAUUUAUGCAGGUAGUAGUGCUAUCGCUACUAUUAGUGAGGAUGGAACACUUUUGGCAACUCCAAUUUUAGAUGAAAUUAAUAUUGUUCAACUAAAACCAUCACAAAAGAAACUGGUUACAAUAUCAAAUGAUGAUGAACAAGAAAUUACUGCUUUAAAGUUAACUCCAGAUGGUAAAUAUUUAUGCUACGUGUCUCAAGCACAAUUACUAAAAAUUGCUGAUAUAGGAACUGGUAAAAUCAUGAGAUCUAUGAAAAUUUCCUCCCCUUCAUAUAUCAUGGACUCCGACCUAACCUCCACAUUGGUGGCAGUUGGUGGUACUGAUGGUGCAAUUAUAAUUGUUGAUAUUGAAAAUGGAUAUAUUACCCAUUCUUUCAAAGGUCACGGUGGUACUAUCUCUAGUUUAAAGUUCUAUGGUGAAAUUCAUAGCAACACAUGGUUAUUAUGCUCAGGUGAUACAAAUGGUGUCAUCAAAAUUUGGGACCUUGUAAAGAGAAAGUGUAUUUAUACAGUUCAAGAACAUAACUCUGCUGUUAGAGGUAUUGACAUUCGUUUAAAAUCUGAAGACAGUGAUUUAUUAGAAAUGAUCUCUGGUGGUAGAGAUGAUAUUAUUAACUUGUGGGAACUAAAUACUAAGAAAAAAUGUACUCUUUUAAAGACCAUACCUGCACACCAACAGGUUGAAGCUUGUGGCUUCAUUAACGUUGAUAGUUUAAGAAAUAUUGUCUAUACUGCCGGUGGAAAUGCAGUUUUACAAUUUAUUUCCUUGGACAAUGGCGCUAUAGUGAGAAAAAGCAAACAACCCAUUGAAGAAUUGUUUAUAAUCGGUGUUCUUUUGAUAAAUAAAGGCUCUGAACUGUAUGCUGUAUUUUCUGAUCAAUCCUUACAUUUCUUCAAUAUUGAAUCCAUAUUCAAAUUAGAGAACAAUAAAAUGGAAUUUGCUUUCUCUAAUUCUAUUGCUGGUAACCAUGGUACAAUUGCAGAUAUGAAAUUUGUAGGUUCCAAUUUGAAUAAGUUGGCAUUAGCAACCAAUUCUCCCACUUUAAGAGUAAUUCCUAUUCCCAAUGACAUGAAUGAAGACCAUUUACCAAUUGAUGUUGAAAUGUAUGAAGGUCAUGAAGAUUUACUUAACGCGGUUGAUUCUACAGAAGAUGGAGUAUGGUUGGCCACUGCAUCUAAAGAUAAUACAGCUAUUGUGUGGAGAUACAAUUUAGAGACCAACAAAUUUCAACCAUAUGCUAAAUUUAUAGGUCAUUCUGCUUCAGUUACUGCGAUUGGAUUACCAAAUGUAACUUUAAAAAAUUGGCCUGAAUAUUUAUUAACUGCAUCGAAUGAUUUAACUAUUAAGAAGUGGUCAAUACCUAAACCAACAGGGCCUGCAUCUAUUAACGAUAAGAUACACACAUUAAGAUCGUCCGAAUAUACUCGUCGUGCCCAUGAAAAGGAUAUAAAUGCAUUAUCCAUAUCACCAAAUGAUUCUAUUUUCGCUACAGCAUCAUAUGAUAAAACCUGUAAAAUCUGGGAUCUUGAUACUGGUGAAUUAAAGGCCACACUAGCUAACCAUAGACGUGGUUUAUGGGAUGUUUCUUUUUGUCAAUUUGACAAAAUUUUAGCUACAUGCUCUAGUGAUAAAACUAUUAAGAUAUGGUCUUUAGAUACAUAUUCUGUUUUAAAAACUCUAGAAGGACAUACCAAUGCAGUUCAAAGAUGUUGUUUUAUUAAUAAACAAAAACAAUUAGUAAGCACUGGUGCUGAUGGUCUUGUUAAAAUUUGGGAUUGCUCGAAUGGUGAAUGUAUGACAACUUUAGAUGGUCAUAGUAAUAGAAUUUGGGCUUUAUCAGUCUUAGACGAUGGUAAUUUAAUAGUAACUGCUGAUGCUGAUGGUAUAUUCCAAUUCUGGAGAGAUUAUACAGAAGAACAAAAAGAAUUAGAUAUUGAAAAAGAAAAACUAAAAGUUGAACAAGAACAAUCUUUACAAAACUAUAUAGCAAAUGAAGAUUGGACCAAUGCUUUUUUAUUAGCCAUUACAUUAGACCAUCCAAUGAGAUUAUUCAAUGUUUUAAAACAGUCCUUAGACUACAUUUGUGAGGAAGAUAAUAAUGAUAAUACCAUUGUUUUUAAUAAACAAUUAGAUCAGGUGAUAUCUACUUUAAAUGCAGAUCAAUUGUUAUUACUAAUGAAAAGAUGUAGAGAUUGGAAUACCAAUGCAAAGACUCAUAUCAUUGCUCAAAAGACUAUAAGGUGCAUAAUGUUACACCAUAAUAUUUCUGAGUUAACUGAAAUACAGGGGAUGAUUAAAAUUAUAGAUGGUAUUAUUCCAUAUACACAAAGACAUUUUGCCCGUAUAGAUAACUUAGUAGAGCAAAGUUAUAUUUUAGAUUAUGCCUUGGUUCAAAUGGAUAAAUUAUUAUCCUAA